GCUCUUCCCUGGCCGUUUCCUGUAAUCGUACAGUGUUGUGAGACGGAGAAAGCCAUGUGUGUCGAUUCAAAGCUGUUUACUUGAACGUUGAGAAGCGGCCCGCAACUUCUUAGCUUCCGCCUCAGAGUCUUUUGAACUCUGCGCCCAUCUCCCUGUGUGGGGUGGGCAAGAUGGCGGACCCCAUCAUGGACCUCUUCGAGGACACGCCGCUGUUCAACCUGGACGCCCUGCCGGACGACUCCUUCUCGCACGGCUCCUCGGACCCCGUGGAGGAGGCCCUUAAGCUGGCGUUGGGCCAAGUGGACCCGCUGAUCGAGUCUGAGCUCACGGUCGACGCAGACCUGGGUCUUUCUGUCGCGGCUCCGGCCAUCCCGGAGCCUGCCCUUCUUCAGCUGUCCACGCAGCAGCUGGCGCCGGUGGCGACCGCUCAGACUGUUUCCGUAGCUGCGGCUCCCACUGGCGUCUCUGUUCCCGCACCAGUUGAUACCUUACCUCAGAUCCAGGUCCAGACCACCAUACCCACAAGUAGCACUGUCCUGCUGAGCUCACCUAUGACCGUUUCCAGCUCCCCGAUCACCACCACCGCCGCCACCACGCAGCAGAUCACACAGAUAACUCAUCAGCUCACAGCACAGCAGUUAGCUGCCAUCACACAACAGGCCGGGGGCAAAAUUGUCAUCCUCAAAGGUCCCCAGGGUCAAGCCCAGGUGCUGCAGACUAUUUCAGGAGCCACAGGUGGAAAGGUCAUCCGCGUGUUGUCUGGCACUCCUCUUAAGCCCGGCAUGUCCAUACUGCAGGGGGGAACGGUCUUGAAUCAGGCCAGCCUGGGACAUGCUCAAGUCAAGGUGGGUGCUCCUGGGGUACAGAGGCUGGUGCAGUAUCCCAACGGGCCAGUGAAACAAAUGAUACUGACCUCUAUUCCCCAGACGCAAGGCCAGACCAUUCAGUUGCAGAUUCCUUCCCAAGCACAGAUAGCUCGAGGCCAGAAUCAAGUCCAAAUCCAGACCCACGGUCAGGUGCAGCUCCAGCCGGCCAUGCAGGGCCAAACGCAGGGUGGCGAGCCAAAGCGCAUCACCCUGGUGCUCCAGCAGUCUUCCCAGGCGGGCUCCGCUGCGGGUCAAACGCAUCAACAAUUGACACAAGUCACGCAGAUUCAAGGGGGCCAGCAGCAGAUCCCAGCUCGACUGGUGCUGGGGCAGCUCCCGGGAGGUAAGCUGGUUAUCCAGGGGAGCCAGCUAGCAGCCCUGACCCAGGCUCGGGCUGCAGGCCAGGCCGGAGGGCAGCCCAAAGUCCUCACAAUUCAGCUGCAGGUCCAGCAGCAGCCCAACCAACAAGGAGGAAUUAAGUACCAGCUGGUCUCAGGAACUGGAAACACUGGCAGCGCUCAGGUGUUGCAGAUCACGCAGGGCCAAGGAGGACAGAGAGUUGCGGUGCCAAUCAAAAUGCUUCUGCAGUCACAGACGAGCUCGGCAUCCUCGGUCGGCGGCACGGUCUCCGUGGUGAAGGUCAUCAACACGUCGGCCGCGGGCCCCUCCAUCACGACCACAACUCAGUCCCAGGCCAUCCGCAUCACCAAGGCCCCCGGCGAGCCGGCCUCCGUGCGCCGAGUGGAGAUCCUCUGCAAGCAGGAGAAAGCCAACCGCAUCGUGGCCGAAGCGAUCGCGCGGGCCAAAGCGCGCGGCGAGAAGAACUUGCCCAGAGUCCUGAACCAGGACGAGCUUCCGGCCACGCACACCUCCCCAGAAUUGGGGGGCAUUGUGACCGUGGUGUCCACGGCGAAGAAAAAGUCUGGCGGAGGAGGAAGUAAAAAGAAAAACCCCGCAGCCGGAGGAGCGACUCCCAAAAAUGCCGGUGGGGCCGAGAAAAAAGGCAAAGUGAAGACGCCGGGAGGAGGAACCGGAGCGUCUGGAGGCACCGUCGUCCCCGGGUCUGGGAACAAGAGCAAAAGCAAGACCAAGACAAACACUAUCACUCUAGUGGGAGCAAAGAAAAGGAAGCGCAAUGCGUCUUCAGACCACUCUGACGGGGAGUUGAGCCCGACCUCGCCCGCCGUGCUGGACGACGACUUGAUUACGAGGCGCUCCAAUCGCGUGGUGAAGAGGAAGAAGUACACCGAGGACCUGGAUAUCAAGAUCACGGACGACGAGGACGAGCAGGAAGAUGUAGACGUCAUGACGACGGCGGCGGCCGUGGCCUCCAUCAGCGGCGGCACGGCGGCGCAGCUCAAACAGGAGCUGGAGCUGGAUGUUGACGGACAGCCCAGCAUGCAGUUCUUUGUGGAAAACCCAAGUGAGGAAGAUGCUGCCAUCGUAGACAAAAUUCUGUCUAUGCGGUUGACGAAGAAAGAAGUGUCCAUGGGCCAGUACACCACUGUCGAGGAAUUCUUUGUGAAAUACAAGAACUAUUCGUACCUGCACUGCGAGUGGGCCAGCUUGAGUCAGCUGGAGAAGGAUAAGAGGAUCCAUCAAAAGAUCAAGAGGUUCAAGACCAAGCACGCACAGAUGAGGCAUCUCCAGGAGGACGAGGAGGCUUUCAACCCAGACUAUAUCGAGGCGGACAGGAUCCUGGACGUGUCCCACAGUGUGGACAAGGACAACGGCGAGCCUGUUAUCUACUACUUGGUGAAGUGGUCCUCUCUGCCUUACGAGGACGCCACCUGGGAGCUGAAGGAGGACGUGGACGAGGGCAAGGUCGAGGAAUUUAGCAAAAUCCAAAACCGGCAACCUCGCCUGAAGAGAACGCCACGGCCGCCUGCCAGCGCAUGGAAGAAGUUGGAGGAGACGACAGAGUACAAGCAUGGCAACACGCUCCGAGAGUACCAGCUGGAAGGAGUCAACUGGCUGCUCUUCAACUGGUACAACAGGCAGAACUGCAUCCUGGCGGAUGAGAUGGGUCUGGGGAAGACCAUCCAGUCCAUCACGCUGCUGUCCGAGCAGUACGUCGCUGGCGUCCAGGGCCCCUUCCUGGUCAUCGCGCCCCUCUCCACCAUCACCAACUGGGAAAGGGAGUUCGCCAUGUGGACCGACAUGAACGCCAUCGUGUACCACGGCAGCCUGGCCAGCCGACAGAUGAUCCAGCAGUACGAGAUGUACUUCAAGGACGACAAGGAGCACUUGAUCCCCGGCGCGUACAAGUUUGACGCCCUCAUCACAACAUUUGAGAUGGUGCUGUCCGACUGCCCGGAGCUGAGGGAGAUCUCCUGGCGCUGUGUCAUCAUCGAUGAGGCUCACCGCCUCAAGAAUCGAAACUGCAAGCUGUUGGACAGCUUGAAGGCGCUGGAUGUGGAACACAAGGUGUUGUUGACCGGCACUCCUCUCCAGAAUACUGUGGAGGAACUCUUCAGCCUGCUUCACUUCUUGGAGCCGGCUCAGUUCGCUUCUGAGACUGAAUUCCUCAGGGACUUUGGAGACCUCAAAACAGAGGAACAGGUUCAAAAGCUGCAGGCCAUCUUGAAGCCGAUGAUGCUGCGAAGGCUCAAAGAGGAUGUUGAGAAGAACUUGGCACCCAAACAGGAGACCAUCAUCGAGGUCGAGUUGACGGAUGUCCAGAAGAAGUACUACCGGGCCAUCCUGGAGAGGAACUUCACUUUCCUCAGUUUAGGGGUAAACAGUAACAGCAAUGUCCCCAACCUACUCAACACUAUGAUGGAGCUACGCAAGUGCUGCAACCACCCCUACCUCAUCAACGGCGCGGAGGAGAAGAUCAUAGCUGAGCUACGACAGGUCUAUGACCCCAUGGCGCACGACUUCCACUUGCAGGCCCUGAUUCGGUCGGCCGGCAAGCUGGUGCUACUGGACAAGCUGCUGCCUCGCCUCAAGGCCGGCGGCCACAAGGUGCUCAUCUUCUCCCAGAUGGUGCGCUGCUUGGAUAUCCUGGAGGACUACCUCAUCAACAAGAGAUACCUUUAUGAGCGUAUCGAUGGCAGAGUGCGCGGGAACUUACGUCAAGCUGCCAUCGACCGCUUCAGCAAGCCGGACUCGGACCGCUUCGUCUUCCUGCUGUGUACCCGCGCCGGCGGCCUGGGUAUUAACCUCACUGCUGCCGACACCUGUGUUAUAUUUGACUCUGACUGGAACCCUCAAAAUGACCUGCAGGCCCAAGCGCGGUGUCAUCGUAUUGGUCAGUCUAAGGCGGUCAAGGUGUACCGUCUGAUCACGAGGAACUCCUACGAGAGGGAGAUGCUGGACAAGGCGAGCCUGAAGCUCGGCCUGGACCGGGCCGUGCUGCAGAGUAUGAGUGGCAACAAAGAAGGCAACGCCAAUGGGGUGCAGCAGUUCACCAAGAAGGAGAUCGAGGACCUGCUCAGAAAGGGCGCCUACGCCGCCAUCAUGGACGAAAACGACGAGGGCAAUCGCUUCUGCGAGGAGGACAUAGACCAGAUCCUCCAGCGAAGAGCCACCACCGUCACCGUCGAGAGCGAGCGCAAAGGCUCCACGUUCUCCAAGGCCAGCUUCGUGGCCUCGGAGAACCGCAACGACAUCGCCCUCGACGACCCCGAGUUCUGGCAGAAGUGGGCCAAGAAAGCCGACAUCGACAUAGAGACCAUGAACCGGAAGAACACUCUUGUGAUCGACACUCCCAGAGUCCGCAAGCAGACCCGCCAGUACUCCACUCUACGGGGUGAAGGUGGAGACCUGUCCGAUGCGGAAACCGACGACGAGUAUCCACCCGCCAACUCCAGACAGUCGCGUUCCGCGCGGCGCACCGAGCGCCACAGCGGGGGAGGUUACGGCCGCACCGACUGUUUCCGGGUGGAGAAGCACCUGCUCGUCUACGGCUGGGGACGCUGGAGGGACAUCUUGUCCCACGCCAGAUGUAAGCGCCGUCUGAGCGAGCGCGACGUGGAGACGAUUUGCCGAGUCAUCCUGGUCUUCUGUCUGCUCCACUAUCGCGGAGACGAGAACAUCAAAAGUUUCAUCUGGGAGCUCAUCACGCCGCCGGAGAACGGCCGCGAGCCGCAAACACUACUGAACCACUCUGGUCUGUCUAUCCCGGUGCCGAGAGGCAGGAAGGGGAAGAGGGUAAAGACCCAGAGCACGUUUGACGUCCAGAAGGUGGAGUGGAUCCGCAAGUACAACCCGGACACGCUGCUCCUGGACGAGAGCUACCGCAAGCACCUCAAGCACCAGUGCAACAAGGUGUUGCUGAGGGUGCGCAUGCUCUACUACCUGAAACAGGAGGUGAUCGGCGAACAUGCAGAAGCUGUCCUGAAAGGGGCCGUCAGCAGGGACGUCGCUAUCUGGAUGCCUGAGAUGGAGCAGCAGGAGGUCCCUGCAAGAUGGUGGGAUACUGAGGCGGACUGCUCGCUGCUCGCUGGCGUAUACAAACAUGGUUACGAGAUGUACACCACGAUGCGUGCUGACCCCUGCCUCUGCUUCCUGGAGAGAGCCGGUCGGCCCGAUGACAAGGCCAUCGAUGCGGAGCAGCACACCGGUGAUGCCGAGAUGGGAGACGAUCCUGAUUAUGAUAAGUACUCGGAGGACCCGGAGUUCAAGCCCGCAUCGAGACACGCCAAAGAUCUUUUCGAUGAGGCUGAUUCCAUGAAACACGAUGAGAGGAAAGGGGGCCCCCGUGUGAUCGAAAGCUUCUCCAGCGAGGAGGUGUGGGGCCCGGUGAUCACGGAAAGCUUCUCCAGCCACAGCGGCGCGUGCGAUUGGCCCUCCAGCUCGUCACUCACGGCGCGCUUGCGGCGCCUGAUUACGGCGUACCAGCGCAGCUACAGGCAGGAGCAGCUGAAGCUGGAGGCGGAGGCGAAGGGCGACCGCCGGCGCAGGCGGUGCGAACAGGCCAGCAAGCUGAAGGAGAUUGCGCGGCAGGAGCGCCAGCAGAGGUGGACACGGAGGGAGGAGUGUGACUUCUACCGCGUGGUGUCGACGUUCGGCGUGGAAAAGAUCCCGAAGGAGCAAAGUCUCCCCGAGGGAGGAGAUCCCGAGUUUGACUGGAACCGCUUCCGGACUUUCGCCCGUCUGGAUAAAAAGACGGACGAGAGCCUGAGUCGGUACUUCCGCUCUUUCGUCGCCAUGUGCCGGAGAGUUUGCCACCUGCGCCCGGGCCGCGGUGAAGAGGCGUCGGAGCUUUCCCAGACGGUCGCCGCCAUCACCGAGGAGCGCGCCUCCCGAACCCUCUACCGCAUCAGCCUCCUGCGGCGCCUCCGCGAGCGAGCGCUGCCCCACCCCUCCCUGGAGGAGCGUCUGUCUCUGGCGCCGACCACCUCCGAGCUGCCCGGUUGGUGGAACAUCCCGGAACACGACCGCCAGCUGAUGCUCGGCGCCGCGCUGCACGGCGUCAGCCGCACCGAGCUCUCCAUCUACUCGGACCCGCAGUUCACCUUCUGUCAGGCUCGGGAAGAGUUCAUCCUGAACCAGCAGGUCCCGCAGCCUCCGCCCGAAGCCCCGCCCACCAUGCUCCUCGUCCAGCCGAAGACCGAGGAGGAGGUGCCCGGCGCGAAGGAGGAGUUGUCUAUGGAGGAUGCCCGGUUGCUCGGCGGCGAACUCGGCGCCGACCUGCAGAGUACGCCUCUGGGUCACCAAGACGGCAAGGCGCGAGAGCCGGGCUGGAGCCUCAAGAGGAGCAGGGGGCGGAGCGGGAAAACGGGGGAAAGGAAAGCAGAGGAGGGGUCGGACUCCGACUCCGACUCUGAUUCUGGCUCGUCGUCAUCCGGGCGCUCGGGCAGCAGCGACGACAGCGGAGAGAGUGAGGAAGAGGUGGAGAGAGCAGGCAUGAAGCUGUGUGACGUGGAUGAAGAAAACAGUUUACUCUCCAUGACUCCCUCUCAGGACGGCAUUCCUCCUCCCGAUCCCCUCCGAGUGGAUUGGCCCAAGGACCGCGUGUUAAUCAACCGCCUGGACAGCCUGUGCACGCUGAUGCUGACGGGUCAGUGGCCCUCAGGGCGGCGCUACAUGCCCGAGGCUCAGCUCAACGCGAGCUCUGAGCUGGCGGCAGACGAGAUGGCCUACAUGAGGGUGAUGCGUAAGCCCGGCGAGGACGGAGAAGACGGAGAGUUCACCGUCAAGCUCCUCAAGGAGGAGGGGCUGAAGCUGACCUUCUCUAAGCAGGCACUGAUGCCCAACGGGUCGGCGGGGGAGAGCAGUGGCCGCAAGAAGCGCAAGGACCACGAGUUAUCAGACCCAGAUGGACUCAAUGAUCCACUGGAGCGUGCUCCUCGGCACAGGGACCCUCCCACCUGGUUAAAGGAGAACCCAGAUUAUGAGGUGGAGGGAGACAUGCUGGAGCUCCUUGUGAACAGGAGGAAGAGGAGGAGGAGGGCGGAUAAAGCCCUGACGGGCAGCGAGAAGGUCAAAGUCAUCAACAUGAGGACGGGGAAGAAGGUCGGAGCUGCUUUCAGUCCGAUGCUGCAAGACCUGAAGGAAUACCUGGAGGAGAAUCCCGAUAACGCUGUAUCCCCCGACUGGUCCGAAACAGUUCGGAAAUCUGGCUUCCUCCCGUCGACCUUCUUCCACCGGCUGCUGACGGAGCACUCGGAGAUCCCGAAGAAAAGCCGGCGCCGCCACCACCACCACCACCAUCACCACCACGUUCCGGAGCCCAUCCCCGAAGACCCCAACCUGGACUGCGUGGAGGAGGAGACUCUGGUGUCGGACGGAGCCUACAUGAUGGACGAGGAGGAUCUAGAAACCUCCCAUCACUUCCUCACCAGUCCGGACUUUGACGUGAAAAUGGAGGGCGGCGACAGCCUCUCCCAGGGUGACUAUGACAGCUCGGAUCAGGAGGCGCUAUUGGACGAUGUCAUCAUAGCACAGAAGGACUCUGACUCCUCAUCGAGCUCAGAGGAUUGACUGAACCCCUCUUGCCGAACACGCCUCACCUAGUCCCCUUCUCAACAAUGAAUCAUGUAAUUCCUCGUCAUUUACGUUUAUCCCCAUUAUGUAUCGAAUUAUGGAUGAAGUGUUUUAUUUUAAUUUUUUUUUGUGGCUUAUUUUAUUCAUUUAUUUUAUAUAGGUUUUUCUUUAUUUUUCCUCUUCUUCUUCAAGGAGCAGGUUUGCACCCGUUGGUUUUCUUUUCUUCAUCGUGACAAGUGUGUUUCAUCUUCCUCCCCCCCCAGAUCCUUUUCUCUUGACAAAAUGGCAAAAAGCUGAGCUUUCUUUCUUACUUCACGGCUCGUCGUCCCCCUCCUCUUCCCUCCGAACCGAUUCUUUCCCAUGACAUUCCCAGCCAUGACCAAAAGGGGGACCCCUGCUGUACAGAUACCCUUUUUCUUAUCAAAUAACCUCAAUGCUGGUCCUCUAGCGCUACAUGAAACUGGACAUGUGUACUGAGCAGAGCCCGGACCCAGAUCCCACUAUCUCCCCCCCCACACAUCUCGUUUGAUCGCGUCUUCUGGGUCCAGACGAGUCUGUGAACUGUUGUUGUUUUCUCUCUAUGGGAGGGGUGGGGGUUGAGAGGGGGGGGGGGAAAUGGCGUAUUAGUUACUGAAGCAGUGCUAGGAGGAUGGGUGUGUUGUCCAAUGUAGAGCUGGUCAAUUAUGUGCUGCGGUGCAACGAUGAUGGCGAUGAGUUCCUAGUCUUGUUUUAUGAACUGAGUGUAUCUGUGAAAUGAAUAACAGCAAUCUACAGUGAA